UAAUUUACACUAAAUUAAAAUUAGAUUUUGCGUAAUUAUGUUAAAUUAACGUGAUAAACUAACUUAGUUUGACAAUGUGGAGAACUGGAGAAAAAUGUUAGCUAUUCCAACGCAAUGUGACAACGCCGGUCUCUCGUGAGAAAUCGUUGCGUCGCACAUGCGUGACUCUGAUAGCGAACGUGUUAAAAGUCCGCAGCGGAUUCCAUUCGGCGGCGCCGACUGCCGCGAGAAAGAACUGCAUCAUGAAUUUUGAUGAAAACGUGAGUCGACGAUCUCAAAUCUAGUUAAAUCGUGCUCUUAUGAAAAAGAAAAAAACUGAAAAGAUCGAGAAGCCACUUGCGCUCUUUAUCGUUUAUGCCGGCAAAUGCGACAUGCAUACGCGUCGCGUGCAGACGUGCGUCAUUCUAUAGGGUUCGGACGCAAGCGCUGUUGAACAUUAUGAGCGUUAAAUUAUGAGCGUUACGUUCCGAUAUAAAGGAGCUUGCGAGUGUAAGAAGCGUAUUACUGUAGCAAGGCACGCUGCCACGUUGAGAUAAACGUCCUGAUGAUCGUCCUAAUUCCGUUCUUCCUAGCGGCCAACGUGUCCGUCAACGACACGUCGGAAUGGACGUACGGGCCGGAGUAUUCCUUCAACGUGAACCUGACCUACGUGGUCAAGUCGGACCUGGCGGUCCCAGACCUGGCCAGCAUUAUGCAGGUGAUAUCGGCGAUGAAGUGCCGGCCGAAGGAGUUGGAGAACAGCUUGCUGUGCCGCCUGCAAAAUUCCACGAUGUCCGUGAAUAAGGACAACACGAGUCGCGAGAUCGCGACCGAGCAGAUGUUCGAGAUCAGAUUUAGCGAACGAGGCGUGGAGAGCCUGCUGAUCGAGCCGCCGACCUACAUGGAAGUCGUCAACUUCAUCCGCAAGGUCGCCAGUCAGCUGAGCGUGGGCGCUGACAUGAAGCGGAAGAUCGGCAUGUCGCAGUUCAUGAGCCGCGAGAACACGUCGAUGGGCGACUGCGCGACCGUGUACAGGAUCACGCGCGAGUUACCUGAGACGUCGGAGCCGCUCGAGGUAGCCGAGAACGCCGAUUUCCAACUGGUGGUCUUGCCGAUGGCGGACGCGAGACCCGGCACGAGCCUCACCAUCGAGAAGUCCAGGAUGGGCUGCAUCAAUCCGCCGCGCUAUGUCGACUUCUCCAUGGGGAUACUGAAGAUGAAGAGAUUCUACAGCACGAUACACGUGGACGGCGUGGACAGAUUCGAAAGCUUCACCGAGAUAGAUGGCAAGCUGAGGCCGCCGACGGAAUCCAAAAUCUCGUUGAAGAUACUCACGUUCACCAGCCAGUUGCGACUCAGCCUGGACAGCAUCGAACCGGCGCAGGACCCGCUCCCGUCCGUUCCCUACGGCGAAGUGAUCGAUCUGAACACGAACAACGAUGUACCGAUCAACAUAAUAGAUUAGAGACGGACUCUAUGCGCGAGUAUCUUGUAGAUAAACCGUAGAACUUGCAGUCUAUACCCGACAAAGCAGAAGAAUUGUAAGGGGGCAUUAGUAAAAGGCAUUUAAUAAAUAAACGGUAAAGUAAAUCAGA